GUGAAGAGCUCCUGCCCAAAGAGGAUAUCCUGGUAAUUAAUUGUUUGCAUCUGUAAUGCUAUGUGUCCUUGCAUCCGCUUUUUUUUAAAUUUUAAUUUUUAAACUCUGUGUUGACAUAAUGUAAAAUUUAACACAACCAGUAUUCACUACUAAUUAUUUGUAAACUAAAUGGAAAAUCUAAAUGCAACACACACAAAAAUACUCAUGAGAUAUCCUUGAUAAGUCUUGAUAAGCAAAAAAAUAAAUAAAUAAAAGCAUUUUACACAGGAGGAAUUAAAUUCGUGCCAUACAAUGGGGAAUAUGUGCAGAAUAUUUAUUAGGGAUGAAACUUUUUUUUCUGUGGGAACUGAUUAUCAGUGCCAUAUUUUUAAUUGUAUUAAUAGGCAAUUGCAUUUUAUUUAAAAAUCUUAUUUUUUUGUUGUAAUUACAAAAGGUUUUUUGUAAUUACUUACAAUAUUUAUGCUUUUAUUUAGAUAUUUUUUUUAACCUACAUUCUUAUAAUUUGUUUUAAUUUUUGCACAAAUUUGUACAAAAGAAAUUUGUUUGACUGAAGUUAAUUCGAUUGUAAAUUUUUUGACAGAAGUUUCUUUCAACUGAAGUUUCUUCUAAAUUUUUUGCAUAAAUUUUAGACGAAAUGGGAAAAAUAUUUGCACAAUAAAAGAAUCAGACCCAAAGGUGCAUUACCGCUAAGACCAACCUGGAAUAUUGUAUAAAAGGAAUUUGUUCGAACUUCAGUUUUUUCAAAAUGAAUUUUCCCAUUUUUCCCUUUAAAAUUAUUUUAAAAUAAUUGAAUAAAUCUCUGCUUAACAAUUUCAAUUUUUUAACAAACUUCAGUCUAACAAUUUUCCAUUAAAUAAAAUUUCUUUUGUACAAAUUUCCUUCAUCUUUGAGCCUGAUUUUAUUAUUCUGCAAAUAUUUCUCCCAUUUGCUCUAUAUUUAUGAAAAUUACCAUCGGACUAGGACCUCUAAACAGGCUUUUUUUAUAUAUGACUACAUUGAUUUGAAAACCUAAAUUUCACUAUGUUGCAGUCAUAAACCAGUUAAAUGCCACCUCAACAUGAUUUUUUUUUUAAUAAUAAAAAUCCAACAAAUUAUAAUCAAUUUCAAAAUCAACUUUUGGAUUUUUAUCAUCUGUGAAGAUCCUUAACUAAUUAUGAAAAUUUAUUUCAGUUACUUUAUGCCCAAAUUGAUAAUAUUGCCUGGCCUAAACAAGCAGAGGAUGCCAAGAUUGAGAUUCUCCCAGAUGGCAGUCGGAGAAUCACUUCACUUGAUGAAUAUGCCAGUUUAGUCAUCUCCCCUCAUGGCCAAGAUUUUACUGUCUGCUAUUUGUCCAAAACUAGUUCAGAGGUAAGAAAGAACAGAGAAACAAUGUCAAUUGCAACCAAUUUCCAAAACUCUUCUUCAAGUACCCUUUUAUCCACUGAUGAAACUGGACGGAAGCAAAGAGAAGCCUGCAGCAGAGUCAGUGUUGUCCGACCUGCUGAGGCAGUUGUACACCCCUUUAAAGUUGCACCUGUUUCGACUCCAUAUGACCCAGUUUUUAUUUCAAAAGUUCAUGCUGAAAUGCAAGAUCUGCAAAUUGGGAGCACACUUAAAAGUGACCCUGACAAAAGUAAAGAUUGUGACAUCAAAAUUCUGCAUCAAAAUACAUUAUGCAAUAAAGCUAAUAUAAGCAGCAAAAAUACUGUGGUGCCACCUGGAUGCACCAAUGAAGUAUCUGAAAUACUGUCAGAAAUUCAUGCACAUUUACCUGACUUUUCACCACAUGUCAGAACUUGUCAUCAAAGCUCUAACAAGGUUUCCAAUGAACACCUGGAAAUUGAUUCAUCCAUCCAGGCAUAUCGACACAGACCACUUGUUCCAUUUCCCAUUAAUUCACCCAAUGCACACGAGCUUUCCAGCAUCAGCAGGUCAUCAACACCCGAUGGACUUCGAACAACCAUUGACACAGACACAACACUGAUGCAUGACAACACAGAAAACUCUCAUGGUCAUCCAACGGCCUUCAGGCUGAAACACAGCCCUCCUGCACACUACACAUCGAGCCCCAAUGAAAACUUUGGUUGUCAGAAACCCAAAAAGAAAAACAAAUCAGUUGAUAAGAAUGAAGAGUCCCUGAGUGGCUCGUUUCUUGGCAAUCAGAAGGAGACCACCCCAAGCAAUGAAGCUCUGCGCUCACCAAACCGGUGUAAUGAGUUAGGAAUUAAGAGCUUAAUGAACACUUCUUCCCAAAGUAAUAGCUCUGGUACCAUUUCAGCAGACAGUUUAGAGGUUCAGCGUACCAUCUUUGAGAAUCCACAACAGCUUAAAAAUAAAGCACCAAAAAAUAGAAAUGGUGAACUUGCUGACAUUAUUUCCCCCCUUGGCCCAUCGAAGCUUGAUUUUGACUCUAAUGAGCCAGCAGACUGGUCAGAAGUAGGAAAAUUAAAAGUGGAGAUGAAAAGUGCCAGCCAAGGCUAUUUAACAUCUAAUAUCCAAGAGGGAUGUGCUGUUGUCAUCCCUGGGAGGGAUCAGGUAGAAGAAGAGAGCCAGUCAAGGAGGCAUUACAUCUGGACAACUAAACAUGCCUCAAGGAAUGACUGUCCUAAAGAGUGGACACUUCCUCUGAGGAUAGCCCUUGAGGCAAAAAACCUGAUAAGUAAGUUGCAAAAUUGAUUUUAAAGGUUGAAUAAUGUUGUUUAAAUUACUAGAAUAAAUUUGAGGAGUCCAUUUACAGGUGACUGAAGUUUCCAUGAGGGAUGUGUCAAUAUUAUUAUUACCUACGCAAUAUACCUGGAAAUAGCAUUUAUACUGCUGACUUAGAUAACUUAUACAUAGAUUCAUUGAUUUGUUGAAGUGCAGAGAUAGUUCACUAGUCAUACUUUUUGUUAUCAUAUGAGUUUUUGUUUUUUUUUAAUGCUUGAUGAAUGCUCCAGAUAAGCCCAAAUUGUUUUUCCCCAUUGAAAAUUUAAUUUUUUUAAAAAGAUUAUUCCUAGUUAACUAAUUUUUUUUUUGUAUAGCUGAGGACAGCAUUUCAUCUCAACCAACUUUGAAAAGACUGCAGACAGCUGGAACCACAUGGAAGGCGUCCAGCAAAAAUUGCAAUUUAACUCCUG